AUGGCCAAGUCCAAACGCCUGUACCAGGUUUGGAAAGGAAAUAAUAAAUUCUUCUUCGGUGGGAGGCUGAUAUUUGGGCCAGAUGCUAGGUCAUUGAUCGUUACCUUAUUGCUUAUCCUGGUCCCUGUUGUCAUCUUUUGUACUCUUGUAGCAGGGAACCUUCUUCAUGAAAUUCCAGCUUAUAAUGCAGGAUAUGCAAUUUUGGUUGUCACGAUUGUCUUCACUAUCUACGUAUUAUUCCUCCUAUUUUUGACCUCAUCUCGGGAUCCUGGCAUCGUACCGCGUAGUUCUCGUCCUCCUGAGGAUGAGCUUGGGUAUGAAUCGUCCGCUUCUGUUGAAGCUGGUGGAAGACUUUCACAAAGCGCGCAAUUGCCUCGCACUAGAGAAGUUUUUGUCAAUGGCCUUCCCGUUAGGGUUAAAUAUUGUGAAACAUGCAUGGUUUAUCGUCCUCCAAGAUGUUCUCAUUGCUCAGUUUGUGAUAAUUGCGUGGAGCGAUUUGAUCAUCAUUGCCCUUGGGUUGGCCAAUGCAUUGGAAAGCGGAACUAUCGUUCUUUCUUUCUCUUUGUUUCUUCCUCGGCACUUCUCUGCAUCUUCAUCUUUUCGAUGUCAGCUUUGUACUUGAAAUUUCUCGUGGAUGAACAUGGAACUGUUUGGAUGGCCAUGAAAGAAUCACCGGCAUCAGUUGUAUUGAUGGUGUAUUCUUUUGUAUUGCUAUGGUUUGUUGGGGGUCUUACCGGCUUUCAUUUGUACCUAAUCGGCUCAAACCAGACAACAUACGAGAAUUUUCGUCACAGAGCGGAGAACAGGAUGAACGUAUAUGACAGGGGAUGCAUGAACAAUUUUCUUGAAGUAUUUUGCACUAGAACAGAACCUUCGAUACAUGAUUUUCGUGCGAAUGCAAAUGAAGAUACGACGGAGACUUCAAGGGGAUCCACUUAUGCAGCGCAUAAAAGAAAUUCCAAUGAGGGCAGACGAGCUAAGGUAGAAGAAGAUCUUGAGAUAGGCAACGAUCUUCUUAAGGUAUCUCAACGGCGCAAAUCUGAAGAAGCGAGUGAUAUUCAAAUCAGAGGACAAGAUACACCACCGGAGAAGUUCUCCGAGGCUGACUUUGGAUUGGGUAUGGAACCACAGAUAUCCUCAUUCAGAUAUGAGGAUUAUUCUUGUAGCUUGGAUAGAAGGAAUGAGAGAAUGAGAGUUUAA